GGCAGUGCACGCUGGGUAACAUUCACCUGACUUGUUUGUGGUCGUUUCUUUCUGUGUUUGUAAUGUAGUCGUGACCGAAUAAGGGUUGAAAAAUCAAGCAGCUUGAGUUAACAGGCCACAUUGUUUCCCCACAUCCAAGUGUACUUUUUAAAUUAAAAUAUGAAAAGUGUAGCCACUUAAAACAUGUUGGCGGAGUUUUAAGCCCAGAUCUGGUCGUCGCUGCCUUCCUCUGAAGGAUGUUGAUGGCGGCGCGGCUGUGGCGUUGCAGCCGUUGGGUCCCAGACAGGCUGCACAGUUGGAGUUCGGCGCGUUCCAGAGCCUUUUGCCUGAGCUCGGUGUCCCGGAUGGGCGCGAAGGGACUGCUGAAAGCCUCGCGGCGGCAGGCCGCUCGAGCGCAGCCCAGGAGCCUGAGCAGCGUCGCGGCGGCGGUGCGAGAGCAACAGAUCUUGACCGAUACACUGUCCGAGUGGGAGAGGCAGCUGCUUGACCGGUUAGUUGGUGGGCUGCUGGGUGGACAAAGGGCCUGUCUGGCCGAGGCCAUCACCCUGGUGGAGUCGUCUCACAAACACAAGAAGUGCUUGGCUCAGCUGCUGCUGCAGAGAGUACUGACCUGCCAGAGGGAACGGGAGCGGCCGAAUGGAGGGACGCCGCUGUCCUUCAGAGUGGCACUGUCUGGUCCACCUGGCGCUGGGAAAUCCACAUUUAUUGAAACAUUUGGGAAGAUGCUGACUGGAAAGGGUCAUAAAGUUGCUGUUCUGGCUGUUGAUCCAUCUUCAAAAACUUCCGGAGGGUCACUCUUGGGUGACAAAACAAGGAUGACUGAACUUUCAAGAGAUAUGAAUGCUUAUAUCCGUCCAUCACCCACUCUGGGUAUGUUGGGAGGAGUAACCAGAACCACAAAUGAAGCAAUUAUUUUAUGUGAAGGGGCGGGAUAUGAUCUAGUUCUUGUAGAGACUGUAGGUGUGGGCCAGUCUGAGUUUGCAGUAGCAGAUAUGGUGGAUAUGCUGAUAUUAUUCAUUCCACCAGCAGGAGGAGAUGAACUGCAGGGUAUUAAACGUGGUAUAAUCGAAAUGGCAGAUUUAGUUGUUAUAACCAAAGCUGAUGGAGACCUCCUCCUUCCUGCAAGAAAGAUACAAGUUGAAUACACAAGUGCUCUGAAGUUGCUUCGUAAUCGGUCAAAGAAUUGGAAACCAAAGGUGAUUCGUGUGUCUUCAAAAACUGGAGAAGGGAUUCCUGAACUCUGGGAGAAAAUAGCAGAAUUCCGCACCUCAGCAUUAGCAAGUGGUGAGUUGCAAAUAAGAAGACAAAAACAACAAAAAGUGUGGAUGUGGAACCUGAUCGAAGAGAAUGUUACUGAAUAUUUCUGCAACCAUCCAGCUGUUAGUAGUCAGAUUCCCAGCUUAGAAGAUAAGGUUGUCAGUGGUGAUAUAACUCCUGGUCUGGCAGCAGAUAUCCUUCUGAAGGCAUUUUCAACAAAGGAAGAAAUACCAUACUCUAAAUGAAAUGUUGUAAAUCUGAGUGUUAUGGAUUACAUAUUUUAAAGUGAGCAUGAUGUUUGCACAGCCAAAUUUUAAUAACCCAAAGUGUUUUAAAGGAACAUUCCUUGCUGGAUCAAUGGGAUCUCCAUAUAGGAGCACCUUAAUGAAGAUUCUCUAGCAUUACAUUAUUCACAUUUAAAAAUCAUCAUGUAUGUUUGUACAGAAUAUUUCCUGGACAAGCAUUGCAAUGUGAUCUGGUUUUAUUUAUGAGGCUGACUGUGGCCACUAUUCAUUAAUCACUUUUGUCACAUGGACUAAAUGGUAAUUUGCAAAAUAAAAAUUGUUUGAAACAUU